AGCUGAUGGAAUCCUGCGGUACGCUGUCCUCCAACAACAACAAUCCCUCAGAGGCGCAAUGGAAUCCGACGCACCGAGUGCGGCUGGCUGAGAUCUGGAACCAUGAGACCUACAAAAGGACGCCGCUGCGCCGGGACGUGAUCCCCAUUGUGGCGCUCGUCAACCCGAUCAAGGCACACGAGGUCUACUUCUUCCUCGACAAGCACAUCUUCUCUGUCAACCUGCACAACACUAGUGUGGUGCAGUAUGACAAGUUUGAAGAUUUGGGGAUGCCGGACCUCUCCUCCCGCCUGCUCCAUGCUUGGCAGCUUCCACCGGAGCUCACCGAAUAUCAUCCCUUGCCUGGAACCGAUGUGUUGGGUGCCACGGGGGUUUAUUUCCUGAAUCAAUAUGACUCAGUGGAGGAUUUCCAUGAGGAAAUGAUUGCUGCCACAGACAGGUGGUGUCCCGAAUUGCAUGAGAUGGGUCUGGAGGAACUUGAAGAUGGAGAUGAUGAUGCCUCUAAGAUGAGUGAGGAUCUUGAAGGGGAUGGUGAUGACUCUGAGACGAGCGGGGAUCUUGAAGAUGACUCCGAGAUCAAUGAGGAAGAUGUCGAAGAGGACGGAGAUGAAGACUGAGAUGACAUAGACGAUGGAGGUGAUUUAUAAGUGUGCUAAUCUGAUACACAUGGCUUAUUUGAGUCACCUGCAUCCACCCCGCGUUUCUUCACUUAAAGAAAUGCUUUUACUGUGUUGCUCCUUGUCUAGUCUAGUGG